AUGAAAAGGGUCAUAGUGGUGAUGGAGAAGUGUUAUAGGUAUUGUACAAGCCAAGGUAUUGGCGCGCCUCAAUUUGAAGACAUGGUUAACAUGAAAACCAGCCAUGUGGUUUUAAUUGAGCCGCGUCAAUAUCUCAUCUUGCACUUCUUUCCAUCUCCAAUCCUCCCUGGUCAACCUAGAGGGUUACAUCCAUCUGUUCUUUUUGUUUCUUAUGUGAAGAACCUUGUUUCUCCCCCUGUCUUUGUCUACCCUGGCAAUCAAACAAAUUAA